CUAACGCAACAUAAAUAUGAGUGGAAGAGGCAAAGGAGGAAAGGGACUGGGCAAAGGAGGCGCCAAGCGUCACCGUAAAGUUCUCCGUGAUAACAUCCAGGGAAUCACCAAGCCCGCUAUCCGCCGUCUGGCUCGCCGUGGUGGAGUGAAGCGUAUCUCCGGUCUGAUCUACGAGGAGACCCGUGGGGUGCUGAAGGUGUUCCUGGAGAACGUGAUCCGUGAUGCAGUCACCUACACCGAGCACGCUAAGAGAAAGACUGUGACCGCCAUGGAUGUGGUGUAUGCCCUGAAGAGGCAGGGUCGCACACUGUACGGAUUCGGAGGUUAAACGUUUGACAGUUGGAGAAAAACCAAAAGGCCCUUUUAAGGGCCACCCACAUCCUCAAUACAGAUCUAAAUUCCUUAAUAUAAUGUGGUGCUGGUUACUUGCACCCAAAAAAUAUCAUCGUACUAUGCAAGCAUUGUAUCUCUAAUAACUUUUAUAUUAGCUGCUCUCUUCCUCACCGCUCUUGUCAAUCUUAGUUUGAAAAUAUACACUACGUAACAAAGUAUUUAUGUUGCGAGGAUUGGUAAUAUAAGAAAAGGCACUGUUCUAGAAAUACACACAUUCUAGAUAUUUGAAAGUAA